AUGUACAUGAAGUUUCUUAUAUUAUUAUCUGGUCUCCUAGUGCUGGCCUCGCCAAAUUACCGAGCUCUAUGGCAAUUCAGGACGAUGAUCAUCUGCACUAUGCCUGACAGCUGGCCGGCACUGGACUACGCUGACUAUGGCUGCUGGUGUGGGAUGGGAGGAUCUGGUCCCGCUGUUGACGAGCUUGACAGAUGCUGUCAGGUCCAUGACCAGUGCUACAGUGAUGCAAUGCAGCAUGACGAAUGCUGGCCAAUCCUGAACAAUCCCUACACUGAAAUGUACAGCUACCAGUGUGACAAACCCAGCAAGACUGUCACCUGUCUCAGUGACAACAAUCCAUGUGAGAUGUUCAUCUGUGAGUGUGACAGGAAAGCAGCCAUGUGCUUUGCCACGGCAGGCUACGAUGAAGCAAAUGCAAAACUUCCCAGUGACUACUGCGAGUAAGCUAAUCAGAGCACAAUCAGGACAAACACGGCCUGGGCCUAUCACUGAACCUAAAGUGUCAUUCUCCAUUGAACAGAACAAAUAAAACUGCAUCCGUGAUCUUAAGAUAUGUUAUGAUUACUUUAUUG